UCGAAGCUCUAUAAAGUGCGGAACCAUCCCUUCACGUUGAGAGAAAGGAACAGAACGAAAAAAGGCCGGCGAGGAGGAAAAAAAUGGCGGAGAGGAAGGUGGUGGCGCUGGAGGAAGAAGAAGAGUCAGAGAUCACGAUGGAAGCGAGGGAGGGGGAGAAGACCAAGCUAAACAUGAAGGAGCGAAAGGUCUCGUGGGCGAGGCUGCGCCGCGUUGACUCUCUUAACCUGGAGGCAGGUCGAGUCUCCAAGUCCCACGCGCACUCUUCCAAGGUGAAUUGGCAAAGAACAUUAAGUUUGGCAUUUCAAAGCAUAGGAGUUGUGUACGGUGACAUAGGGACAUCUCCACUCUACGUGUUCGGGAGCACAUUUACAGACAAAAUUAAGAACACUCAAGACAUUCUUGGGGUUCUGUCGCUAAUUAUCUACACGAUUGUUCUAAUCUCCAUGCUCAAAUACGUCUUCAUUGUCCUCUUGGCCAAUGACAAUGGCGACGGAGGGACUUUUGCAUUGUACUCUCUAAUAUGUAGGUACGCGAAAGUGAGCUUGAUCCCCAAUCAACAGCCGGAGGACCGAGAAGUUUCGAACUACAAGCUCGACCCUCCAUCUAACCAGCUGCGACGGUCUCAGAAGAUCAAGGAGAUGCUGGAGAACAGCAGGAUCGCCAAAAUCAUGCUCUUUCUCGUCACUAUCAUGGGCACUUCAAUGGUCAUUGGUGACGGUAUUCUGACUCCAUCUAUUUCAGUUCUUUCAGCAGUGAGCGGGAUCAAGUCACUGGGCACAGGCGCGGUGGUGGGGAUAUCGGUGGCGAUCCUGAUAAUGCUUUUCAGCAUCCAGAGGUUUGGGACGGACAAGGUCGGGUUCACAUUUGCGCCCAUCAUCUUGGUCUGGUUCAUGUUCAUUGGUGGGAUCGGGCUCUUCAACCUGUUCAAGUACGACAUCGGCGUGUUGCGUGCCUUCAACCCUAAGUACAUUGUCGACUACUUCAACCGCAACGGCAAGCAAGCCUGGGUCUCGCUUGGCGGGGUCCUCCUCUGCAUUACAGGCACUGAGGCCAUGUUUGCCGAUCUGGGCCAUUUCAAUGUUCCAGCAAUCCAAAUCAGCUUCUCUUGCUUGGUAUGUCCUGCAAUUUUGGCCGCAUAUUGUGGACAAGCAGCUUAUCUCAUGAAGCACCCUGACCAUUUUGCCGAUACAUUCUAUAACUCAGUCCCAGGACCGUUGUACUGGCCGACGUUCGUGGUGGCGGUCGCUGCGUCAAUCAUCGCGAGCCAAGCAAUGAUCUCCGGGGCGUUCUCCAUCAUCUCACAGUCGCUGAGUUUGGGGUGCUUCCCAAGGGUCAAGGUGGUUCACACAUCGACCAAGUACGAAGGCCAGGUUUACAUACCGGAGGUGAACUACAUGCUCAUGCUCGCCUGUGUCUUGGUCACUGCCGGCUUCCAGACAACAACCAACAUCGGCCACGCCUAUGGAAUUGCUGUGGUGAGCGUCAUGGUGAUCACGACUAGCAUGCUCACUCUCAUCAUGCUUGUGAUAUGGAAGACAAGCAUAUGGUGGAUCGUGCUCUUCUUCACCGUCUUCAGUUCGAUCGAAAUGCUCUAUCUCUCGUCGGUCUUCUACAAGUUCAUACAGGGUGGUUUCCUGCCGCUCGUGUUUUCGGCCAUUCUCAUGACCGUCAUGAUCAUCUGGCAUUACGUCCACAAGGAACGGUACAUGUAUGAGCUCAACAACAAGGUCUCAGCUGAGUUCAUCAGAGAUCUCGCUACAAACCCAAGCAUCAACCGUGUCCCCGGGGUCGCCCUCCUCUACUCCGAGCUUGUUCAGGGCAUUCCUCCAAUUUUAUCGCAUUUUGUGGAAAAUAUCUCGUCUAUCCACUCAGUUCUAGUCCUCGUCUCAAUCAAGAACCUCCCGAUCAGCAAGGUCGCACUUGAGGAGCGGUUCUUGUUCAGGCAGGUCGAGCCGAGGGGCUUCAGGAUGUUCCGAUGCAUUGUGCGGUAUGGAUACAAGGACAAGAUGGAGGAGCCGCACGAGUUCGAGCACCAAUUGGUGGACAACUUGAAGGAAUUCAUGCGGCAUGAGUACUUCUUGCUCGAGGCUGAGAACGAUGAUCACAACCGAAAGGAUGAAACAGCCAACGACAGUGUACCGCAUUCGACAUUGCUAGCAGAAGUUGGACAGGCCAAGGGAUCAACCGUCCAAAUGGAGGAGUUGCUGCCGCAGCCAAUCCUGUCGAAUCUCUCUUCCAAUUCUAUCCAAUCAAUAAGAAUAGUCAAGUCGACAAAUUCUUCCAAUCGAACUGUGUUCAGUUCGAUCCAAUCGGCCGAAGAGGAGAGGCAAUUUGUGCAGAAAGCAAUGGAGAAGGGUGCGGUGUACCUCCUAGGGGAAGCUGAGGUGGUCGCGGAGCCGAAGUCAUCAUUGUUCAAGAAGUUCAUUGUCAACUAUGCCUACAGUUUUCUCAGGAAAAAUUUCAGGCAAGGCGAGAAAAUCAUGGCGAUCCCAAGAAAUAGGCUUUUAAGGGUUGGCAUGACAUAUGAAAUAUGAAUGAGAAGAUAACACUGCUUGUGGUCAAAUAAACUCAGCAAUUUUUAAUGGGAAAGUUGAUAAAUGCAUGUUUAGAGGGAGACGACAAGUUGAAGAAACAUCAUGUUCGUGUUUCAUAACUAAUGGCUUUCAAUAAUACAAAAUAUGUUGUGAUAUGUACCUCCUAUGUGUCCAUGGAUGAAUGUUAUUGCUACAUUACC